GUAUUUUUGUUACUUCACGGUGCUCAAGAAACGAGGACGCGUUAUUCCCUUUCAUACUUCUAUGUUCCAUCAUCUCAACUCUGCACCACUCCCAAGCCACAGAGCACCACAAAGAUCUAUGGACCUUAUAUAUUGGUGCCAUUCCAAUUCCUGCUAACCUUCGCCUCUUUAUAUUUUAAAGAGAAACCCCCCCCCCCCCCCCCUCUCUCUCUCUCUCUCUCUCGCCAACUUCUUAUCUCCUUGGAAUCAGAAAUGGGUUCUGGUUGCAACUCGUUUCGUGGUCAUAAACUUCACCAUCUUACCAUGUUUCUCCUCUUGAUUGCAACAUGGACACAGUUCAGAUUUAUUACUCAAGGUGGAAGUAGAACUAUUCCGAUCAGACCAAUUGGCCAUUACAAUCAGGAAGGGAAGGCUUUAUUGAAUUCCCAGAUUGGUUCCAGGCCUCCACGGUGCCAGCGGAGAUGCAGUUCAUGCGGACACUGUGAGGCCAUUCAGGUGCCCACUGAACCUCAAGUAAUUACAGCUGGAAGCAAAAACUCCUCUGCAUGGAUGUCCAGAAAUGGGUAUGCCAGUAGAGAUGACAGCUCCGACUAUAAGCCUAUAAGCUGGAAAUGCAAAUGCGGGAACUCCAUCUUCAACCCAUGAUCAGUAUUUCCAUCUUUUACUAUUCGAAUUGUGUAUAUAAAGAGUGAUAAUUUCUAUUGUUUAGUUUCCGCAUCACUUCAGUCUUCCUGUUAGAUUUCACUGACUACUAGGGAUUUUUGGAGUCUAAUUUUUCUUCCUUA